AACAAACCGCGACACUUGAAUCGUGAUGGCUGGGUUUGUUGAUUUUUUUGGAAAGAAUAAGACUUUCCGUCCGAAGAAAAAAUUUCAACAAGGCACUUUACGUUAUUCACUUCACAAACGUGCUCAGGCAUCAUUAGAUUCUGCAGUUGAUCUUCAAGAAGCUGUAAAGUUGCCACCUGGAGAAAAUUUAAAUGAUUGGCUAGCUGUACAUGUUGUGGAUUUCUUUAACCGAAUCAAUUUAAUAUAUGGCACAGUUCUUGAUUCUUGCACCGAAGAGAGCUGUCCAACUAUGUCUGGUGGACCUAGGUUUGAAUAUCUCUGGGCAGAUGGUGUGCAAUAUAAAAGACCUACACCUCUACCUGCACACAAAUACAUUUCUCUACUAAUGGACUGGGUUGAAAGUAACAUUAACAAUGAAGAAAUUUUUCCUGUAACUGUUGACAAACCUUUUCCUCGUUCAUUUGUACCUACCUGCAAGAAAAUUUUAACAAGGCUAUUUAGAGUUUUUGUUCAUGUAUACAUUCAUCAUUUUGACAGAAUAGUUUCCAUUGGAGCUGAAGCACAUGUGAAUACUUGUUACAAACAAUUUUAUUACUUCAUUAAAGAAUUUGACUUGGUCAGUGAAAGAGAACUAGAACCUCUGGCUGACAUGACCAGGAGAAUAUGCAGAGAAAAUCCACAGCCAUAUAGAUAAAAACUAAAUUGAUUAGACAUAUUUAUUUGUUAUUGCAUUGCAUAUGUAAAUAGCAAUUUCAUUUUGAAUACAUCAUUUUAAUUUUGUUCAUGUCCAAUGUU